UCUCUGCCUCGCCCCAGGAGGGAUUGGCUGUGUGCUGCUGAACUACCGCAAUGAAGACAGCUGCAGCUUGGAGAGCAAUAGCAGCAGCGCCACCAGCACGAGAGAGGCUGAGCCAAGCGACCCCCCGACUCCUCAGCCAGCAGCUGAGAUCAGGAACACGGAGGGGACCCUACUGGACUUGGCCCUGAAGCGCCCAGUGGUCAGAUCAAAAAUCAAGUUCACAACCGGCACGUGCGACGCUGCAGCGCUGCACAAUUGCGAGCUGUGCGGCAAAGGCUUUCGCUUGCAGCGGAUGCUCAACCGCCACGUGAAAUGUCACAGCCAAGUGAAGCGACACCUGUGCACCUUCUGCGGCAAAGGGUUCAACGACACCUUUGAUCUGAAGAGGCACAUCAGGACCCAUACAGGAAUCCGUCCUUACAAAUGUGAGAUCUGCAACAAGGCCUUUACCCAGCGAUGUUCUCUGGAAUCUCAUCUCAAAAAGAUCCAUGGGGUACAGCAGCAAUAUGCCUACAAACAGCGGCGCGAUAAACUUUAUGUCUGCGAAGACUGUGGCUACACGGGCCCGACGCAAGAGGACUUGUAUCUGCAUGUCAAUAACGCCCACCCUGGGAGUGCUUUCCUCAAGAAAACCUCUAAAAAGCUGGCAGCUGUCUUACAGAAUAAACUGACCUCUGUCCUACAGAGGAGCCCUGAAGACCAUGAGGAAGACGAGUAACACAGUGGAUUGCAAUGGUCAUAUGCAAUGAAGUUUACAUUUAGGAUAUUUUUUUCAACAGCUUUAAAAGGGAUCCGUGUAAUACCAGGAAUCUUAUCCUUUUGGUGAUAACAGGCUGUGGAUGUUAGAGCCUCAGUGUGAAAAAAAAUGUUCAGCUUAAUGAAAAUACCAGCCUUUUUUAACCAUGAGGAUAAAAGGAAAACUUUGGCCCUCUGAAUAGAGCCCUGCGCUGGUAUUUGGGUGACUUCACUUCAGUUGCCAGCUCUGCCACUGGCCUGCUGUGUAAUAAUGGGCAAGUCACCUUGUCAUUCUGUGACUCAGUUUCCCCAUCUGUAUGAUGGGGAUAACGAUACUGAUAAGCUUUGUAAGGUGCUUUGAGAUAUGUGGAUGAAAAGUGCUAGGUCAUAGCUAAAUAUCAUUAAUGUUAUUCCUAGGUGAAAGUCUACAGUAAGAGGAUGUUAAGGAUGAGAGUAUGUAUCAUAAGGUUAAAAAUGCACAAUCAAUGCACCUGAGUAACCUUAACUCUGCCCUGUAGUGACACCACGCAAUAACCUGGUGAUUACAGUUAGAGUUGUUAAGAUUUGUAAUCCCAGGUUGGAAAAAGAAAUAAUUUUAAAGACAAGUUAGUUUUUUUCACAUAAUUCCACCCCUUCCCCCCAAUUUGUCAUGACUCCAGGGCAGAGUUAAGGUUGUUUGGUGAAUUUACUGGUUUUGUAAUGCUAGGUUUUGAGAUCACUAUCACGUCUUCUUAAGCCACAGGUUGUUUAAUCCUUAAUGACUGAGGUAUCUUUUCAACCUUAACUUCCUCUUAAUAUAUUUUUUUGUUGGGGAAUUUCCCUAAUUUAAAAAAUAUAUCAUAGAGGAACACUAAAUAAGAAACACAAAGAGAAUGCUACCAUGUAUUUCUAAGGGCUUGCAGAUAUAUGGCACCCAUCUUCAAUCGUUUUUUUCAAAAAUUAAACUUUUAAGGGUGGAUUUACUGUGAUACCCAACCAAUGCAAAGCAGCCAGAGGGCACUAGGCAGUUCACCUAAGUCAGCCGUGGCCAACCCGCGGCUUGUGAACCACAUGUAGCUCUUGCCCCCCAAAAGUACAGCUUGCGAAGCUGCUCCUGCACCCCCCCAAACUGUCCCUGCCCCCUGUUAGAGCCCCUCCAACCCCCGGUUUCCCUGUGCUUACCAGGUCGGAGCUGUGGGGUUUUAAAAAAAUGGUGCCCAAGAUGGCGGCCGUCUUAAAGGGGCAGCAUCCUUACAAAACAUUUUUAAAAAUUUUUUUGGUUUUGCCCGACAAUUCUGGUGCGGCUCUUCUCAUUUUUUCUGCUGCGGUUUUGGCUCUCUUUGUUAAAUGGGUUGGCCACCCCCUGACCUAGGUUGAGAACUGUGCUGCACUGCUAAAGAAGCACAAAUCAACCAAAACAGACUGGCUGUUAGUUGGCUACUAACUUAGUGGUUUAGAAGCGUGUGUUCGUGAGACCAGCAAUAUGCUUUGUGAGGGAGCAGGGAGAGAAAGACCCCAGGCCUGGAGUCCCAAUAUCUUUUGUUUUUAAGGACUUCCCCUUUGUUUCCCCUCUAGUUCCCUUGGCAGUGCUCGCUCAGUGGAGCCAAGCGGCAGGGCCAAUCGGGAGCUUUACAAACACUAAUGCCCAAACAAGGGUGCAGAGGCUGGCUAAUCGCCUCUUCAAAGCCAGCCCCGGCAGGUGCAGAGCAGAGGAAAAACUGAAAUACUGCAACUGGCUCUAGCAAAUGGAUUAGAAGUUGCUGCUUGGAAUCUUUGAAGAAAAUGCCAGUUGGGUCAAACCAUCCAUCUUGCCACAUGUGUCCAAUCACCCUAGUACUACUGAGUUACUUCAGCCAAUAGAACUGUUCUUUGCAAAUCAGCUGGCAAGGAAGAGUGGCGAUUGGUGCUCUACUCUGCUAAGAUCACUCAGGACGGAGAAAAGACUCAUGCCAACACUAAUUUCUUAAAGGACCCAGUUUGAAUGCCUCAUUCUAGGAAUGAAUGGACAUGUAAAUGACCUAAAACCUCCUUCUGUACUCAAAGAGCAAGUGGAGUCAGACUGGAGAGGACACACACUUAUUUUGUAUACAAAGCAAAGAGGCUGAAUCCCCUACUUUAAUGCAAAAUGGAACUUAGCCUGAACUAUGGAACUGAUCAGCGCCUCCAUGGUUAGCACAUGAAAAUGAUUCCAGAUUCUGGCUGUGUCUGUAAAAACGAAAUUUUCUUUGAUUGCCUCAGUCCUUGCACAGACAUCUUCCCAGGCUUUGGCUGGGGAAGGAGGGGACGGGAUAGAUUUUGUGUGUUUUUAAGCAUUCCUUAAUGAAACUAUUUUAUGCAAUAGGACUGGGGGUGCUUGGGGUCUUGACAAAAAUCUUAAUAAAGUGAAGCUUUGUUGUAAAGUACAAGAAUCUUACUGUACUUUGUAUCAGGAAAGCUUGCGAGGGCUACUUUAAUAAACAGAAUUUCAUGUACAAAGUGUUGAGAUGAAUGACAGAAUAUUUAGGUAGUGACAUGUUGGCUGCAGAUUGUAUGUUGGCUUUUAGUUGUUCCGUGGUCAUGACUGUAUGAACCUUCAGCGAUGAAAGCCGGCUUGAGUUUUUAGUCAGGGUAAGGACCGUCAUGAAAAAGGAUCCCAAAU